ACAGUUUUCGACUUCAGUUUCAGUUGUCAAGAUCAGUGACAAGUGCCGGACGUUGCCUCGCUAUUUUCUUAAAUAAUAUAUAGAAAUUUACAAUGAAGUCUGUUGUGUGCUGUGUGAUGCUCCUGUUUAUUGGUGGGAUCGUGGAAUGCGCUGCCAAGAGGCGUAAUCACAAUGAUCCACCAACUGACAAGCUGCCAAUUACGCUGUAUUACGAAUCACUUUGUCCAUAUUGUCGAGCAUUCGUCACAGAGCAAUUGAAUCCCUCGAUGGUGCGUCAGGAUCGUCUUGCCUUCACAGAGUUAACCCUGGUGCCCUAUGGCAAUGCCCGAAAAGACAACACGACGGGCAAGGUGACAUGUCAGCACGGCGUACUGGAGUGUGAACUAAAUGCCUGGCAUGGCUGCAUCCUGGAGCAUCAUAACAUCACGGACGCGUUGAAGUUGAUUGCCUGCAUGAUGCGUAGUGGAAAGAAUCAGAUCGACAAGUGCGCUACCCGUUACAGCAUCGAUGUGACCGCCGUCAAAGCUUGCAUAAAAUCGCGCAGCGUUGAUGAUAUAUUGGAAAAGUAUCGCAAAGAGACGCAAAAAAUUGUUCACCUUUAUUCUGGUGUUCCUGCAAUAGCUGUGGAUAAUGUUUAUAAUCAAGCUGACCAAAACGAUCUAACUGAUAAUUUCGACGAUUUCUUUUGUGCCAAAUAUGAAGCUAAGUUCAACAAGAAAUUGAAAAACUGCCUUUAAUAUGGUCUUAGAGAUCUGAUCACAUUGUUAUAUUCAAUAAAGACC